AUGAUGGGACUGCUGGCAAAGACUCCUGCGGUUCUGUCGCUCAACGGGAAGCCGCAGUUGACGCUGUGCGUGGGCAAGGACGGGGAUGUGGAGCAGACUCAGCAUGGAGACUCCCCGGUCUCGGUGGGUGGGCCGACGCUAGAGCUCAUGAAGCUGCUGGGAUCGCUGGUGCGACUGCGCAUCUCUGACGGCCGCGUCGUCGUGGGCCGCUUCCACUGCUUCGACAAACACCAGAAUGUAAUCCUCAAGGACGCACGCGAGUUCGCUCCUACGCGCGUAGGGAUCAGCAAGAACAGCAAGGACAAAGCGGAGGCCCGCGACCAGGAGGAGGAGACGCGCUUCGCCGGUGUGGUGCUGCCUCCAGGCAGCCGUUCGCUGGGUAUGACCCUCGUGCCCGGUAAACACAUCGUGUACAUGAAGGUGCAGAGCUGAGGGUGUAGACAGAAGUUGGGCUUCCUUCUCGUCGAUGAACGUGUCCACAUUGGUGAUCAUCUCUUCUACCAGAUGACACACCGCAGCGACGUCAUUGUUGGAGUUGUUAGCUUGCGGUGAUUUCUUCUGAGGAUGCAGGAUGAAAUCAGCGAAGAGAUGAGAGAGUCUGGCUGCGUCCAUCCCAUUCUUGGACGAGUACACGUUGACGUCAUUCAGGUGGAAAAGCAGGCAAGCCAACAUGGUACUGCAGGUAUAUACAGUGGUUAGUGUUGUACGUUAUAGAGUGUAUUGAAAGCAGGACG